CUCGCUACUCUUAUUUAUAUAUAAGAGGUAUGUUAAAAAAAUAACGGGAUUUUUGAAGAGUAGAAUUGUCAAUUUUUUUUAUUAUGUUGAUAUAUGUACAUGCCCCUUGAGUACGGUAAAAUUUUCAAUUAAAUGCAUCACUUCUUUUGUCUGUAGCAGCUCACACUUCGUUGCUUUUCGUGAAUUCUUGUCUGAAAAAAAUACUGUGCCGAUACCAUAGCCUCCAUAUUCGCCAGACAUGACUCCAUGUUACUUUUCCCUAUUCUCAAAAAUAAAGAAAACGACGUGCCUCUAAAGUCGUUUUACAAGCAUACUAGAAAUCGCUGAAGGCUCUUAGAAUUAUGAUUACAAGUAGCGCUGGAAUAAGUACAUAGCAUCGAAGGGAGACUUUUUAAAGGCGCGUUAUUAUAAUGUAUGUAGACGAAUGAAUAUUUAAAAAAAAAAAAAAAAAAUUCCCGUUAUUUUUUGAACACACAUAUAUGUUAUAUAUAUGUAUAUAUGUACGUAUUUAUGUGUGCGCUCGACUCUGGUGGCAUUUUCGUGGUAUAUGCUAAAUGUUCGACCGCAAUUGAAUUAAAUAGAAACCUCAGCGGAUGUUUAAUUGAAAACGGAACCCAAGCAACCAACCAACAACACGCACACACACUCAUCUACCAGAUCAUUACAUACAAAGCAGUAUGUAUACAAUUUUAAAUCAGACGACUGUGCAACAAAAACAACAAUCAUUGAUUAGUCAGUCAUCACAACAACAAUACAAACAAUAAUAUAAUCUAGAGUCCACGCUUAGUUUUGCCAGCCCCCUGUUGUGGCUUUUUAAUAUUAUAAAUUACAAAAAGGGGUACUAUGAGCAAGAACAACGUACGCAGAGCUAUAUUACUAAUGCAGUUAGUUGGAAGAAUAUGCUUAGUUAAAAAAAUGUAUGCAUGUGAGACGGUACAAUUUUAAUUCGUCAAAAACUAAAUAAACUAUGCCUACUUGGUCAUCGAAGCUUUGUGUCUAACGGCAGUCGAGCGCAGCACUUAGUGGCGGGCGCAUGUUGUUGCCGCCGCUACGAAACAUUCGACUAUCAGUCGGUUGAGUGAAAUCGACGCGAAUGCGUUAGAAUAACGGUGUUUGCCACGAAAAGUGUCAAUCAAAUUUAGAAAUAUAUAAAAAGGAAUUUUUCGAUUCAAAGAUUGUUGUGGUGAAACUCGCGCGGACAACACAUCGCUAGACUUGUGACGAACGCGUGUAAGCCCCCUCGAGUGGCGCGCGCGCACAUUAACUCGAGGGGUGGCAACAGGUAUACAAGUUAAAUAAAUAAGAACUUUUUGUGCAAAUAGAACAGUGAAAUAGUUUCAUUCGACAACGCGCGUUCGCCGAUAAUGAAAUUUCUUUUUUUGGUUGUCUGCGCGAUCGCUGCGCUACAUACACACUAUAACGGACAUGCAGCGCAACUACGUCGCGUCUGGAUGCAAGAUCACUGCCAUCACGGCAUUUGCAGCGGCAUCGAUAUCGGCCGCAAUGACUAUGUCAUCCUGUCGCAGAUGCCCAUCGCCAAGCAGCUUAUGCUUACCUUUCUCAACUCCAGCAUUGCCAAAAUACCGCAUCUGAUGUUCGACACCUUCCCGGAUUUGCAGGUGCUGCGCAUGGAAAAUUGCUCAGUCGAAGUUUUCGAGAAGCCACAAUUCGAAGGCGCCAGCAAUUUGAUGAGUCUCUUUCUGGGACACAAUCUGCUGCGCGACAUACCGAAAAAUAUUUUUCUUGGCGCCGAUAAUCUGCACACGCUACACUUGAAUCACAAUCAGUUACGUACGCUGCAUAACAACAGCUUCCAUGCGCUAAAAGAGUUGCAGGAAAUGUCGCUGGCUGACAACCAGCUGGCACAGCUGCCACUUGGCGUCUUCGCGCCACUGCGCAAACUCUUAGACCUCAACUUGGGCGGCAAUCGGUUGGCGGCGUUUCCACGCGGCAUCUUCGAUCGCAACCUCAACUUGACGCGCAUCAAUUUGUCGCGCAAUCGGUUUGUAACAUUUGAAACUGAGCUGUUCAAGCUGCAGCCGCGUCUGAAACUCUUAGAUCUCUCGGGCAAUGAGCUGCAAGAUCUUACGCUCAACUUUGCCGUGUUGGAGAGCGCGAUUUGCAACGAUUGCGACAUGCGCAAACUCACCGUCUACGGUUAUGUCCACGAUUUAGAGUUGCGCAACAAUUCGCUGCGCGAGCUGCCACACAUACCGCAUGCGGCCAACGUGAGCGGUCUGGAUUUGGCGCACAACCCGCUCGGCACGUUGCAAGGCAACCCGUUGCGGCGCUUUACCGGCUUGCAGCGGCUCAACUUGAGCUCGAUCGGCAUGCAUGAUCUACCCGAGGAUCUGUUUAAGAAGCAGUCGCAGCUCAAGCAGCUGGACAUUUCUGGGAACUCGCUGUACAAUAUGAAAUUUCCGCUUUUCAACGAUUUAAAAUCACUGCAGUACUUCUACUUCCAGCAAAAUAACUGGAACUGUGAUUUCCUGCAGUUGCUGAUGAAUUCGUUUGUGAAGAAGCGUGAUAUAUCCUUCAUGGAGGACACCACGGAACCGGAACUGGUCGAUGAUUAUGUGGAUGGUGUGGCCUGUUGGUAUGAGAGCAACAAGGCGUCGAAGAAAUGCUCUGGGGACGGCCUGUCGGAGGCCGCCUUGGAGCUGGCCAUUGUGCGCAACGACAUCAAAUCCUUUACGGAGAUCGUGGAGAAGAAGUUCAUCAAGGUCUACCGUAUGCUCGAUGAGCUGAAGAUGCGUUUGUAGCGUCGACACGUACAAAGAGAGUGCCGAGAGGAAAUCAACCGACAAUUGACAAUUUGGCUUGAACUAUUAUUAUUCUUAAUGGCUUACGUUAUCACUUUAAUCGCUUUAAUGUUUAUCUAAUCGCAUUUAAACCACAAGUAAUACUCAAAUUAUCACAUUAUAAACGUAUUUAAUCGUAUUUAACCUCAAAUUAUUAUAUAUUUAGUAGCAUUACAAAAAUGAAAUAUUUUAGAUUUUACCAAGUAAGUGACAGAGAAUUAUGAAUUAAGUUUAUGUAUUAACCGACAACAGUACACGAUCGAUGCAAUAAACACCUUAGGUUUAAA